CGCUGUAGCAACAUUGUAAUGCAGCACGUUCAUUGAAAGGGUGGCGCGGAAACAUAGCUUCGAUCUAGGUGCUGCCGUUGGGCUUGAAGGUUGGCCUCCUCUUGAACAUGGGCUCUCGAAUCUACGUUGGCAACCUUCCUGCGGACAUUGCAGAACGGGAUGUGCGUGAUGAGUUUGAGCGAUUUGGCCGUGUGAGGACAAUAUGGGUUGCCCGCAAACCGCCUGGUUUCGCAUUUUUGGAGAUGGAGGACGACCGGGACGCAUCUGACGCUGUUCGUAAGCUGGAUGGCUUCCAGGGUUGGCGUGUGGAGUUCAGUCGGCGUGCCGACCGGGGGCCGCCGCCGCGCGGCGGCAUGGGUGGCAUGGGUGGCCCGAUGGGUCGGGAGCUACGAUGCUACGAAUGUGGCGAGAUUGGGCACAUCGCUCGCGAUUGCCGUAGUAUGCGGGGCGGCGGCAUGGGGGGAGGCCGCGGGGGCAUGGCACCACCACGUGGUCGCAGCCGCAGUCGCAGGCGCUCGCCCAGGUACGAGACUCGGCUCCGUGUUCACGCGAAUGUACUGCUGUCCGUAUCAACCACAAAGUUGCCUAAUUGGUUUGUAGCACUAAGUCAAUUUACGCGCUCCUCCGCUUUGACUCGGUGUGCAGCCCGCCAAGGCGCCGGGACGAGGGCCUUGAAGUCGUUCUUCAGUGGAGGUUCUCCGCAAGGCAGGACAUCUCAAAAUAUCAGCCCUGCAGCAGCCCGCGGCGCAGCAGAGGAGCUGCAGGUGAAGGAACUGCAACACCGUGUGCAGCUUCUCACUGCGCAGGUGGAGGGCUACGAGAAGGUCAAACAACAGCUUCAGGCGGAGCAGCGCGCCGCUCAGGACUGGAAAGAGAAGUGGAACUACCAAAACUUUAAGCUCAACGUCAUGGUGGACAUGCUAGUCCUGCGAGUUCUAGAACUGGAGCAGCCAAGUGUGUCGCAGCUGUGA